CCGAGCACAGCCCCAGACGCCUCUACAGGCCCGGGAGCACGCGCCUAGGGCUCUCCCUCCCCUGUGGACGCGCGCCCUCGGCCCACUCGCGCAGGGACAGGGCAGGAGCUGGGUUGCAGACACGGCCCGGACAAGUUCACAGCCAGUCCUGCGGGUUCCGUAGGCCAGCAGAGUGCUGGGGCCGUGCAGUCCCGGGAGCAGGCGGAAGGCGGGACCCCUCCCCUCACCCCACUCCCCCGCCCCGUUUCUCCUCCUCCUUCCCCGGCUCCCCUCCCCCCGCGCCCCCGAGUCCCGUAGCCGGGCAGCCAAUCCCAGCCGCGCUUCUGCCCGGCUGCUCAGGGUGGUGGCACGGAGCCCGGAGGCGGCUUGGAGAGCUCGAGCUUUGUGCCCAGCGGCAGCUCCUGCAGAAAGAGACCAAGAUGAACACAGAGCCCGAGAGGAAGUUUGGCGUGGUGGUGGUUGGCAUCGGCAGAGCUGGCUCGGUGCGGAUCCGGGACUUGCGGAAUCCACACGCCUCCUCGGCGUACCUGAACCUGAUUGGCUUCGUGUCCAGACGAAAGCUGGGAAGCACUGAUGGGGUGCCGCAGAUUUCUUUGGAAGAUGCUCUUUCCAGUCAAGAGGCUGAGGUUGCUUAUAUCUGCAGUGAGAGCUCCAGCCACGAAGACUACAUCAGACAGUUCCUAAACGCUGGCAAGCACGUCCUUGUGGAAUACCCCAUGACACUGUCUUGGGCAGCAGCUAAGGAACUGUGGGCACUGGCUGAGCAGAAAGGAAAAGUCUUGCAUGAGGAGCACGUUGAACUCUUGAUGGAGGAGUUUGCAUUCCUGAAGAAAGAAGUGGUGGGGAAGGACCUGCUGAAAGGGUCUCUCCUCUUCACAGCUGGCCCGCUGGAAGAAGAGCGGUUUGGCUUCCCUGCAUUCAGCGGCAUUUCUCGCCUGACCUGGCUGGUCUCCCUCUUUGGGGAGCUUUCUCUCGUGUCCGCCACUUUGGAAGAGCGAAAAGAAGAUCAGUAUAUGAAGAUGACCGUGUGCUUGGAGACGGAGAACAAAAGCCCGUUGACGUGGAUUGAAGAGAAGGCGCCUGGCCUAAAGCGAAACAGACAUUUAAGCUUCCAUUUCAAGUCUGGGUCCCUGGAGAAUAUGCCCAACGUAGGCAUCAAUAAGAAUAUUUUCCUGAAGGAUCAAAAUAUAUUUGUCCAGAAACUCUUGGGCCAGUUCUCUCAAGAGGAGCUGGCUGGCGAGAAGAAACGCGUCCUGCACUGCCUGUGGCUGGCGGGAGAGAUCCAGAAACGCUGCCGCUCGAAGAAGUGAAGGGAGGGGGCAACACGGCCCUGCCCAGACGAGACCCGAGCCUGAUUUUUAUCAAGAGUUGACCUUUAUCUCUCUUCUUACCAUUAAACGUGUCUUGGGUAAACAGGA